CAAGAUGGCGGCGGCCAUGCCGCGCCCCGCGGGCCCCUCCGCUCCUUUCCACCCCUUUUAACCCCCCUAAAACCCCCUCGAUUCACCCCAAAAAAACACCCACGGCAUGGACGGCGGCCCCGGCGCGGCCGGGGGAGCGGCCCCCGGUGCAGGAGGAGGAGGAGGAGGCGGCGGAGCCAGCAACGUGCCCGCCUUCCUCACCAAGCUGUGGACGCUCGUGGAGGACCCCGACACCGACUCCCUCAUCUGCUGGAGCCCCAGCGGGAGCAGCUUCCACGUCUUCGACCAGGGCCAGUUCGCCAAGGAGGUGCUGCCCAAGUACUUCAAACACAACAACAUGGCCAGCUUCGUCAGGCAGCUCAACAUGUACGGCUUCCGCAAGGUCGUGCACAUCGAGCAGGGGGGGCUGGUGAAGCCGGAGAAGGACGACACGGAAUUCCAGCACCCCUACUUCAUCCGGGGCCAGGAGCACCUCCUGGAGAACAUCAAGAGGAAGGUCACCAGUGUGUCUGGCAUCAAGCACGAGGACAUCAAGGUGCGGCAGGACAACGUCACCAAGCUGCUGACGGACAUCCAGGUGAUGAAGGGCAAGCAGGAGAGCAUGGACUCCAAGCUGGUGGCCAUGAAGCACGAGAACGAGGCUCUGUGGAGGGAGGUGGCCAGCCUGAGGCAGAAACACGCCCAGCAGCAGAAGGUGGUCAACAAGCUCAUCCAGUUCCUGAUUUCCCUGGUGCAAUCCAACCGAAUUCUGGGGGUCAAGAGGAAGAUCCCCCUGAUGCUGAACGACAGCGGUUCAGCACAUUCCAUGCCCAAGUACAGCCGCCAGUAUUCCCUGGAGCACGUCCAUGGAUCAUCCCCCUACGCAGCCUCCUCCCCCGCCUACAGCGGCUCCAACCUCUAUUCCCCGGAUUCCUCGGCCAAUUCCGGCCCCAUCAUCUCCGACGUCACCGAGCUGGCCCCGUCCAGCCCCUCGGCCUCUCCCAGCGGGAGCCUGGAUGGAAGGAACAGCCCUCCGGUGCGGAUCAAGGAGGAGCCUGCCAGCCCCGAGCGGAGCCCGCGGGUGGAGGAGCCGGGCGCGGGGGGCGCGGGGGGCGCGGGGGGCGCGGCCGAGACGCCGCUGUCGCCGUCCACCUUCAUCGACGCCAUCCUGCGGGACAGCGACCCCCCCGCGCCCGCCGACGGCCCCGCCGCGCCCCCCGCCCACGACAAGUGCCUCAGCGUCGCCUGCCUCGACAAGAAUGAACUCAACGACCACCUGGACACCAUCGACUCCAACCUGGACAACCUGCAGACCAUGCUGACCACGCACGGCUUCAGCAUGGACAGCGCCCUGCUGGAUCUGUUCAGCCCUUCCAUGACGGUCACGGACAUGAACCUGCCCGACCUGGACAGCAGCUUGGCCAGCAUCCAGGACCUCCUCUCGGCCCAGGAGCAGCAGAAACCGGCGGAGACGGAGGCGGGAACGGCGGACACAGGGAAGCAGCUGGUUCACUACACGGCGCAGCCGCUCUUCCUGGUGGACUCGAGCGCCGUGGACGUGGCCGGGGGGGACCUGCCCAUCUUCUUCGAGCUGGGCGAGGGGCCGUAUUUCACCGACGGGGAGUACCCCGAGGAGCCCCCCGGCUCGCUGCUGGCCGGCCCCGAGCCCCGGCCCCGCGACCCGGGCGUGUCCUAAACCCGGCACGGCACGGGAGGAGGAGGAGGAGGAGGAGGCGCUGAAGGGAAGCCCCGCUCGGCACCGCCGCGCCCGCCGGGACGAUCGUUGUGUGUGUGCUUAUGAGGUGUCCCCCGCCCGCUUCAGCACCCCCGCACACGGACACGGGGGCACCGCCACUGCCCCCCGGCCACUGGGACAGGGCACUGGGACUGCCCCCCGGCACUGGGACA